CCUGAUCCCUGCGCAAUGGGCCGCCGGAUCGACCUCUCCGGCGCCGAGAUCCGCGGCGGCGACCACGGGGACGGCGGCCCGCCCAUCUUCCUCCCGCGCCACACCGCCGCCGCAUCCCCGCUCCUCGCCCUCGACAUCGGAGGGACCCUGGUAAAGCUGGUCUACACGGCCACCUGCGGCGCCGAGGCGGAGCUGCGGUUCGCCAAGUUCGAGAGGCGGAGGCUGGACGACUGCUUCAGCUUCAUCCGGGCCCAAGGCCUCCUCGGAUGCAACGGGACAACGUUGGGUUCAAGCAAAGAAAGUAUGGGACUGCUGAAGGCUACAGGUGGUGGAUCAUAUAAAUUUGGUGAUGAUUUUCGGGAGAAAUUAGGUGUUAGUCUUGACAAGCUUGAUGAAAUGGAUAGUGUUGUUUCUGGAGCAAACUUUUUGUUAGAGAAUGUUCCUGGCGCAGCCUUCACAUACAUGAAUGGAAAGAGGAAUUCGAUUGAUAUUUCCCCAGAUAACUUGUUUCCUUACCUUCUGGUCAACAUUGGCUCAGGAGUUAGCAUAUUAAAGGUCACUGGAAAUAAAAAAUUCGAAAGGGUAACUGGGACACAUAUUGGUGGCGGCACUAUGUUUGGUUUAGGAAAACUAUUAACAGGAUGUAACAGUUAUGAUGAAUUCUUGCAAUUAAGCCAGAAAGGGGACAAUUUUGUACUUGAUCUUAUUGUGAAGGAUAUAUGUGGGGAGCUUGUUUGCCAGAAGCAAGGACUAUCAACUUCAACUCUUGCUUCUAGCUUUGGAAAAGUUAUUACUUCUAUGAAAAAACUAACAGAUUACAGACCUGAAGACAUUGCAUCCACAUUAUUGAGUGCCUUUACCUACAACAUUGCACAAAUUUCUUUCCUUGUUGCAUCACUCUUGGGCCUCAGGAGGGUCUUUUUUGGUGGAUCAUACAUACGUGGACACAAAAGCACAAUGGAAAAUAUUUCUUAUGCACUUGACUUCUGGUCACAGAGUCAAAUGCAAGCUGCAUUUUUGCAACAUGAAGGGUAUUUAGGUGCUAUUGGUGCCUUGAUGAGUUAUGGGGAUCCCAUAGAUGAAAACUUGACCCUCAAGGAAUCUAACGAGAAGCAAAACACUAACGAGACAGCAGCUCCUACUGAUCCGACAGCAGCAGAUGAACAUAAUGACAGCAACAUAUUUCCUUACCUCCUUGUUAAUAUUGGAUCUGGUGUCAGCAUGAUAGAGGUAAUCGGUAAGGGGAAGUUUGAGCGAAUUAUUGGAUCACAUCUGGGUGGUGGUACUAUUCUUGGUCUUGCAAGGCUUUUAACCGGCUGUUCCAGUUACGAGGAAUUCUUGGAGUUGAGCCAGAGGGGCAAUAAUCUAGCAGUUGAUUUGACUGUCGGAGACAUAUAUGGGGAGAAUGGUUAUCCUAAGAUCGGUCUUCCGGCAUCCACUACUGCAGCGAGCUUUGGAAAAGUGAACUCAAGCAAACUUUCAGACUACAAAGCAGAAGAUCUUGCAGCAGCUCUGCUCAACUCUUUCACCUACAACAUUGGACAGAUAGCCUACUUUGUGGCUAAUCUUUCAGGACUGAAGAGAAUCUUCUUUCGAGGUGCUUAUGUCUGUGGUCAUGAGAAGACUAUGGACAAGAUUUCUCGUUCCCUCAAAUAUUGGUCCAAAGGUGAAGUUCAAACGACAUUUCUGUGUCAUGAAGGUUUCUUGGGAACCCUAGGUGCAUUUUGGAGUUAUGAGAACAUGGGCAUUGACGGUUUGGAAUCACAUGAAGUCAUUAGGGAGGUCUUGCUUGGUGCUCCCUACACCGGAAACUUUCCAUCUUUACCACUGACUCAAGAGCAGGACAUUGAAGAAAAUACAACCGUUGAAGCGGAGGUGGAGAGGCUGCGGCAUGAGAACGCAGUUCUGAAGUCUGAGCUUGAAUGGUUAAGAAGAGAGAAUGCAGAGCUGAAAGCUAAGUUAUCAUAAUCCAGUGGAGCGAUUAACUUGUGAAGCAAUAAAAAAAAGAAGACAGUUGUGAAGCAUGCAUCCAUGCUAAAAAAAAAACACCAUGGUGAUAUAUAUGGGGGCACAAACAGCCUCAACUUGUUGUAACCUGUAAUAGUUCUGGCGAUGGGUUCAAAGGUUGUUUAAAUAGAAAGAAUUUAGUUAGCCCAAAUUAGGGUCGCUCCUGUAGUGAGCUCAUGUUGUAUUUUUUACUUUUAUACAAUAGGGGUUUCUAUCUAUUUCCAUUUCAUGGUGUAACCUUUACUGUUUGUCUUGUAAAUAUGGAGGCAGCAUGCCAAGUAAUAAACUGUUGUUGUAACUUUA